AUGAUCAAACUAUCAAAGAUCGCAUUUUUAGCAUAUAUUUGCAUAGAGCUUGUACGGGCUGCCAAUGAAGCUUCGUACCUAGACACCAGUGCUGAAGUCAACACAACCGGAUAUCUGUUCAACAUUGGAACAAGAAGGUACGUAGGAAUUGAUCCAGAAAAAAAGCUAGAGGCAAUUUUGCUGAAGGAUCCCAAAAAGGCAAUUAAAAUGCGCAUGUACCUGCAGGGAAGAAUACAGGAUGCAGGAUUUAUAUUUCUAAACAGCAACAACAUUGUCCUGCCCGAAGACCCAGGAAAAAUCCCAAACAUCACAGUUCUGCACAGCCAAGUGGGACUGAAAACGUGCAUACACAACGACGAGGUCACGCGUGUUAUCUUUGACAAGUACGACGCAUCGCACCAAUUUAAGUAUUUCCUCUCUCCUGCUGUUCUGCUGCAUGAAAACGCCUUCAAGAUCAUGACGGGCAAUCUAUGCCUUGGAGUUGACACAGACAGAAACUCCCUCAUUGCCACGGGCUGCCAGGACUCUCCUGCAAAAUUCAGAAACUACCAGCUCUUCUCCUGGGUGACCUCAGAAAACUACAACCACGGAAUGGACGCAACAACGCACGAAUUAGAGCCGAAGUUCGAUAUAAGUAAGGAUUCUAACCCUGGAGAAGCCGGAGGAUGUAAAAAACAUGGAAUAUUCCACUUAGGAAAACUUCAUUUGACGAGCCCAACGAACCUUCCGCACAAAGAGCCAUACCAGGGAGAGAAUGGAAGGUCAGAACAGCCUCGUGCCUGCGAUUCAUAG